AUGAGCAAUAUUGAGGAGGAGUUUCAAGAGGUACUUGAGGAGAGAGAUGGAGAGAACCACGAUCUUUCUCAGUUGCUGGACCAGAUCAAAACCGAGAAAGCGCAGAAGACCGAGCAGCAGAAGCUUCAGCGGGAGAUUUGCCAAUUGCAACAGCAGCUGGAAUCCACCAACACCGCACUGCAAGAUCAGGUCCCGUGGAAUGAUAUACAGCUAGUGUUGGAUCAGGCACACGCAGAGCUGGUUUCCGCGACCACUCGAUUCUGGAGCACGAUCGACGCCUUCCAGAACAGACGACUGGCAUCCUAUUUGCCAGGCUCCGGAAUGAUCCAGGCAGAAUGGCCCGAUCAGGGCGGCGCGGGUACUCUUGGCCACGAUAUGCUCCCCAGCAUCUCCCAAUCGAACAAUGACAAUGUUCCGCUUGGUACUCAACAUGAACUACCUACCACCGACUGA